CAGCGGAAUCGGGAUUAACUCGCGUGAAAAAAAUAGUAAGUUGAAUGUAUGUAUGUGCCUGCAUCUGUCAGAGAUAUUCCAUGUCUGUUUAUAUUUUUAAUCAAUUCAUUAAACGGUUUCUCAUGCCACUAAAAUUCGUCACGACAUAACAACGGAGCUCUCUAAAAUUGCUCUCAGAUUAUAUAUAAUUGAUAAAUCCCCGCCAGUAGUAGAAUUUUAGCGUUUUUUUAAACGAAUUGCAAGAAAAGUAGCGAUGUAAAACGGCAUAGAUUCGUGAGUUACGCGUUGUUUUAAUAAGUGCACGUGUAUAUAGUGCGGAUGUUUUCACAAUCGCUCAGCGCAAUCUACCGAUAAGAUAGAUAAGAACAGAAGGUUAAGUUGUCAUUUCAUUGGUUACUGAUAUUAUGCCUUCAUUAUACUCCAUAGCAAGGCAAACAUCUUCAUUUAAUGACUUUGUAACUAUAUCUUUUGGGAACUUCUUCCUGUACGUAUCUGCUCCCAGCAAACAAAUUAACGUGCUCGAAUUUCCUUUAAAAUGGCGGUCAAAUACGGUAAGGACUAUCUGGAACCAUUUUGGAAACAGUUUCAGCAUAUUUGAAACUCAGAUGAUAGCGUAAUUUACAGAAAUUUUUCACAGUCGUAAGUACAGAAGCACAAUUGGACAAUAUCCUUCAAAGUAACUUAUAUAGAACUUUUAUCUUGUGAGAGGUGAUAAAAUAUCCAAAAGCGAUACGCCAUUUUGAGAUUUUGAUGCACAGCUGUUGUGUGAACUGCCAUAUUCCGUCAAAAAUCACAGAUUUUGAAUUUUUGACUAUGAUAACUCUCUUCUCUUCUUGAUUUGGCGAUGGAAUUUCAUUAGAAAGCAUUUUUUAUUUUUGCAAGGAGUGGAAAUUAUAGUUUGCUUCUUCAAGAAAUGAUGGACAUUCCUCCAUCUGUCCCCUAAUGUGUUCAACAAGGGUCAUUGUUAGAUGUCUAGACAAACUCUCUCUUCCUGUCAAGUUUGUUGGAUCUGCUGUUCAAAACUAAACUGUAGGGAAUUGAAAAUGGAGAUUUUCCCUAUCUAAGAGUCUCAUUAUAGUUUAGAUUUGAAAUUUUGUUAUAAUAUCACAUGAAAUUUUAUCUCAGAAUAAUGUCCCAGUUAAAUUUUAGUGAUAUUUUCUAUUUAAUUGCAAUUAAUUGUGAACCAUAAAUGAUUAUUGCACAAUCAAGUCUGUAGGUGAAAGUCAUUGAGUUAACCCUUCAACUCCCAUGAUUGACUAAGACAGAAUUUCUCCUAAUAAUGUCAGUACAAUAUCAAGCAGACAAGUGAUGAGAAUAAAGAAAAAUAUCAAUUAGGGGAUUAUUAAUUGAUCCAAUGCCAAAUUCUUAGAAUUAACAUCACAAGAAUUGUAUGACAGAUAAAAAUGAAAAUAACUCAUGAGAUUUUGGGAGUGUAAAGGUUAAGAAAUGAAAACAUAAACCUGAGAGACAAUUGUUUCUUGUUCUCUUUAUUAAAUAAGACACUUUCUUUAACUCUGACAAAUCUGUACUAAUAAUGUGAUCAUAGAAUUGAUAUUCCAAAAACUAUUGGGAUGAAAAUCUUCCUUUUCCACAACCUGUGAUAAACCUUUUAACUCCCAGAUCAAAUUUGUCAUUAUUCUCACUGUCAACCAUACAAUUCUUAUAAUGUUAGGUCAGUUAAUUUGGUAUUGGAUCAACUAAUUAUCUCCAAAUUGAUAUUUUUCCUCAUUCUUAUCACUCGUCUGGUUGAUGCUGCAAUGAUAUUGUAAGGAGAAAUUCUGGCUUGGUCACUAUUGUGAGUUAAAGGGUUAACCCUUUAACUUCCAGAACAAAUUUGUUAUUCUCCUUACUGUCAAUCAUACAAUUCUUAUAAUGUCAGUUCAGAGAAUUUAGUGUUGGAUCCACUAAUUAUCCCCAAAUUGAUAUUUUCUUUAUUCUCAUCACCUAUCUGGUAGAUAUUGUAUUGAUAUUGUAAGGAGAAAUUCUGUCUUGGUCACUCAUGGGAGUUAAAGGGUUAAGUAACACCUGUAAAUAUAUAUAUAUAUAUUUGCGAGUUACAGACCUGAACUUUGUCUUGGUCCAUAAAAAUGUUAAAAAAAAAUUGGCCAAAAUGUAGCCAUCUUGACCUCAUGUUUGGUCCGUAACACAUAUAAACAUGUAUUUAGUUACUUCUUGGUCAAAAGUUGUUCAAAGUUCUUUUUUCUUCUGUGCACUUAAAAAUUUGAAACUUCAAUGGCUAUUCCCCAAACCUGAAACUCAAUCCUUGAACCUUGAUCCUCAAUUCUUGAAACUUUGGAGAUUUAGGGAUGGAGUUUUAAGUCAAGACUGUCAAUUAACAUUUGAGCAGUACUCAACAUCUAAUCUGUUUUUUCUUUUUUAAUUGCAGGACCUGGAUAGUACUGACAGGGUGAUGUGAAUUUAAACCCUUCUUCUGUCAUUUAUUUGUCUGGCAAUGUCAAAACCAUUCUUUCUCAAGGGUGGAGUUAGAAGAAUAAGGCCCUCGUCACUUGGUUCUGAUUCAGACGAGAAUGCUUUGGUGCGUCAAGGCACCCAAGCUUAUGAACUGGAGUUAGAAAACAUUUCUGACAGUGAUGGGAGCAGUGUCAAGAACAUGGAAGAACUUGAUCCUUGCAGUCCAAAUUCAUCAACUCCUAGAAGUCUCUCCCCCCUUAGCUCACUUAGUAGUGGAGAAAGCCAGUUCACCAACAGAACAUUUGAGUUUCCUCGAGAACCAUUUAAUGUUCCACAGUAUGACAAUUUGCGCUCCCCUGUCAUGCGACCAAGUACAUCUCUUUUAGAAGUGUCAAUUGCUAACUUGCCACCAGAGUCUGAGUUGAAGCAGUCUCUGUUGAAAAUCCGUGAACAGAUGGCUUUGAGUCUUGUGCGAUUAAAGGAGCUAGAGGAACAAGUUAGGAAUGUACCAACCUUACAAGUUCGCAUUUCUGUGUUACAAGAGGAGAAGCGCCAACUUAUCAAGCAGUUGCAAUCCAAAGCUACUAGAAAAAGGAGCCUAUCAGUAGGCCCUUCAUUAGGUAUUGAUUACUCCGUGUACAACAAUGCACACCCCAAAGGUUCAAAGAGUGACACAGAAAAUGAUGGUGAUGAUGACUAUGCUCUGAUCAGGAAGAAACUUAGAGUCAAGUUAAACUCUGUUGGUGUUGGAGAUUACUCAGUAAAUGGACCUUGUUCUUGUUGUCCCACAGCAACACCAGUAGUAGUUAAGGCUCCUGUGAAGUCUGUGUGCGUUGGUACGGAUAUGGAUUCAGAUCAGAACAGUCCACUACCAAUAAAAGAGGUUGAGGAACCAGUUAAACCAGUUGUACAAACAAGAUCGAUUGGAGUUGGAAUGAUGAGGUCUUUCACAAGAGAUGUUGGUGUGGGUGAAGAUAAACCAAUCAUUAACUCUGAAAGCAAAGGUUCUCAGGCUUCAGUAGGAAUGGUGGAUUCUGCCUGUGAUGCUCUGUCUGCCACACCUACAAGUGAUAUGGCAGUGUUAGUGAAACCUGAUGUAUGCUCAAAAGGAAUUGGCACAAUGGAAGAAAACUCAACUGACAGUUCUUUUUACAGGGGAACUGAAAUUUGUUCUUCAAAACUGUUGGUUCACACUGGUGUUCAGACAAGCAGAAGUCCAGAGGUGUCAUUAGUAUCAAUUGGUGUGGGAAUAUGCACCAUUGAUGAUGAACCAUCCUGUCGAAAGUGUUCCAACAGAAAGUCCCGAGCAGUGGUGAAAACUGUUGACGAGAUCAUGGCCAAUCGUAUUGACAUCCCAUUUUACAGAUCUGUUGGGGUUGGUGAUUCUAGUCUCGAUGACAACUAUCUUUGCAAUCACUGCAGCAACAUUGAGACAAGAACAAUUGCAGUUGGAGAAAAGAUUGAAUAUAGAAACAUUGCUAUUGGCGACUUCAGUGUAUCUGAGGACUCUUGUUGUGACCGUUGUAGUAACCUCAAGCAAAGAACUAUAGGCUGUGGCACUGAUUGUGUUGUUACUGUGGACACUGGUUCUGGAGAAGAGAGGAUCAAUGACUUUCUGUUUUGUGAUCACUGUUCAAAUUUACAAACAGCAUCCAUUGGAACAGGUGAUUAUACACUGGAGGAAAGCUCUGUUUGUGAACUUUGCAAUUCCAAAAUUCAAUCAAAGGCUGAAAACAUCAUGGAGAGUGUGGUGACUACAGAUAUUGCUGUUACAACAGAAUCAGUUGUUGAGGGUAGUUAUCCAGGUGCUGAGAAAAACAAGGAAGAAACAUGUGUAUCUAUGAAAAAUAUCAGCUCUGCUAUGGGAAGUUCAUGUACACGUACAAUCGGUGUUGGCAGUUGUGGCAUCAUGGACUCUUUCUGCAACAGGUGUGACAAUCUCCACACCAGGUCUAUUGGAGUCGGCAGUGGUAACAUUUCAGUUGAUGUAAUUUGUGACAGAUGUUCCAAUAAGAAAACAAAGUCAGUUGGAACAAGCUGUGACAUCAUAGAAACAAGAACGCUUGGUGUCAGUGAGUGUUGCAUUACAGAUAACUACUGUGACAGAUGCAUGAACAUCAGGACUCAAAGUGUGGCCAUUGGAGACUGUUGUGUCACUGACAGCUUCUGUGAGCGCUGCUUUAAUGUCCAAAUGCACUCUAUUGGUGUUGGAGACUUUGAUAUUAAUGCAGAGGAUGACACACCUGUAGUUAUACAAGCUAAUCUAAUAUCUGUCGACAAUAACAACAAGGUGGACAUCAACAUGAACAUGAAAACUAAAAACAGCUCUAUUACUACUAAAAAUGUAGUCAGACACAUACAGUCUACACAAGGCAGUCCUCUUAUGUACUCAAAUGAUGGUGUUAAGAAGGUGUUUAUGAACAGCAAGGAGAGUGACCUUCAUGAGUCUGAUGAGAGCAUUGACAAUGAUAACCCCAGCAGUGACACAGCAAGCCAAACUAGUGAAGUUUUGGUAACAACACCAUCUCCAGAGCGGAUUAGGUAUGGAUCCUUCAUAAAGCUAUAGCUAAUUUACCACAGAAUAAUUAAGACAAUUUUUUGAAGUUUGAAGGCAUUAUUUGUUCCAAAAAAAUGGUAAGUUUUUGAGUCAGAAAAGAGACAGUUGGCUGUGACAUCUGGUUGCCUGGGGGAAGAGCAUUACUCACAGCAGGGACUGAUGUUUUGAACACAUGUAAGAUAUAAUUGUCUAAAAUUUCGUUCAGUACAAAUUGGAAUGCAAUUCUUUCAGAGAUCCUUAAGAUGUUUCAUUUCAAAAGCAUCCAUUUGGCUCAGGAAACAAUUAAAUUCAGGAUACACUUAAUUCUCAUGAAAUUUUCCAAAACAUUUCCAAUGUAUUUGUACAAAGUGUCAAAUUUGUUGUGGGUGUUUUGCAGUUAUUCAAAGUAUUUACAUAGGUGAAGUAAUGUUACAGCCAUGUAAUGUAAUGAACCAACAUAUUUUUGUAGGCAAUCAAUCUGCAACUUUGUCACUAAGUGAAUAAUACUUGGUGUUAAUAUAUGUCAUAAUCGUAGUUGACAAAGAUUCAGGGUUUUUUUUCUGAUAACAAAUGAAAGUUAAAUCAAAGCCAUAUCGGUAGUUAAUGCUUUUAAGACAUGCAUCUGCACAUGAAUAGCCAAAAUGAGAAAACUUUGCAAAUGGCCAAGUAAAAAUAAUUGUUAAAGGAAUUUACAUAUAUUAUUUUUACCUCCAGAGUCAUGUAUAGUCUUGACCUUUCCCUGUGCAAGGUUGUGUCUUCUCAAUCCUUUGACUCUUGUGAGUGAUCAGCUCAUCAAUUCUCCGUAUCAUUUUGAUACACUUUCAAGUAGUCUGGUAAUAAGAAGUUAUGAAAAAUUAGUUCUUCUAAAUCCUUUGACUCUUAGGAGUAAUCUGCUCAUCAAUUCUCCUUAUCAUUUUGAUACACAGUGAAGUAGUCUGUUAAUGAGCAUUAAUGAAAAAUUAUCAACUGGUAGAGAAGUCUUGACAUUCCUUGUAGCACUAUAUUUAUAGGAGGAGCAACAAAUGAAUGAAUCAACUUGAGAAGGGAAGAUUAAAAUAGAGAAAAACAUGUGCAACAACAGAAAUGCACAAAUUAUCUAUACUAUAAGCUAAAGCUAAACUACAUAUACACUCUGUGACAAAAUUAGUAGACACAUAAAAUUUACGUGGCUUUUUGUAAGGAUGUAUUAGGUUAUGACAUGGGCUGAAUUUUUCUACUGAAAUACAGCCCCCAAAAUUGUUCGCAGAGAGAGGAAGUGAAAGUAGGAAUAUUGGUGACAAAAUUGGUUUACCAUUCCAGAAUAUCAAGUUGAAGGUGUCAGAAAUUUUGUCACUGGUUGUAGAGAAGCAUUUGCUAAAUGAAGUGUUAAUUUCAGCAAUUGUAGUGAUCAGUGCAAUGAUCACUGUGGGAAAUGCUGUGGGAAAAUUAACAAAGCAUGUAUCUACACUGUACAUCACCUAUCAUAUAUGGUAACUUUUUUGCCAGUGGCACAGUAUCUCUUAAAUUCAGGGAAAUUUUCUGUUAAUUUUUUUUUUUUCAAUCAGCUUAGUGGAAUGUAAUUUCAAUUUUUAUAGCCACUUAUUUGGCAGUUUGAUUAUGGGGUAUUUUUAUUGGUAACAGUGCUAAUGAUUCUUUAUAGUCUGGUGAAAAAGUAGAUUUUUAUUUGAAGCAGGCCUUAAUUGGUUUGUGUUUAAAGGCUAUUCGAUGCUAUUGAGUAACAACUACUGCUGUAAGCAAGCCUCAGUUAAAUGCACUGACUGUGAGAUGAGUAGCAUAUCUUCAGACUUGCUUUUACUAAAACCCUACAUGAAAGACUGUCUUGUGUGCGUGUUCAGUGCAGUUCAGGCAGUUGAACAUGAGACUAAAUAAACUUAGCAGUCAGACAAAUUAAUACUGUCUGAAUUUCUAUUGUUGUUGGCCUUAAAAACCUAAAGUGUUUUUCUUUUGAGAACUUGUUUUCACCGCUUACUGAGAACUUUAAAUGACUGUAUGAUCUUAAAUCCAAUUUUCAGUAAAACUACCUCUUGCCGUUUUGUAUCUAUUUUCAAGGAGUUUAACUCUUAAAGCUUAUUACGGUAAUCCUGUUCAGAAGCAAUAUCAGUGAUUAAAUCAGUCAUAUAUUGUGCAUUUUUCCUGACUUAGAGGAUGAAACCACUUGACCACUUAUUAGUAAAUGGAUCUAAGAGAUUGCUAUCUUGUUUUCAAAGAUAAUACAAUAUUGUUUUUAGUUUUUUUGUGUUUAUUCAAAGAAAAGUUCAAAGGCUUUAUAAUGGUAUUUGAAGAGAAUCUUUUGAAAGAUGUGAUGGAAUUUCUAAACAUACUUAAUGCUGCUAGAAGUGAAGAGGAGUCUUUUCUUCAAAUGAUGACUUAUCUCAUUCCCAUCCGUUGAUCACUUCAAUAACGAAACUUAAUACCCAGAUAAUGCUUUUUCAGUGUGUCCUUCCCGCUCUUUUCUCUCAAGUAUACUAUCCCACUCCUCCCUUGUUACAAAGCUUUUGAAAACUUACAACAUCCAACUUGUUUACCAUUGUUUUGAGGAUUUUUUUAUUGUGUUUUUAUUUCAGAAUAACAGAUGAAGUUGUGGUGGCGUGCAAACUGUUGAAUGGGCAUCUUUAUAAAGGAAAAGAGAUUGGCAGAGAGCAAAUGGUGAUCAUGUUGUUAAAUUGUGUUUUUAUUAGUUAUUCUUUUUGCAGAUUUUUUUUUGUAACAUCUCAUUGUCUUUUUUUUUAGCUUUUGUGUUCCUUUUGUUUUCUGCUUUGUGCUUCGUUUAGUUUUAGGUAAAUGUAAGAAGGUUCUUCUAAUAAUUGAGCAAAAAAGAAUUGCUUAGUUUUUUCGAUAUGGAGAGGCUCUAGAUGUUUUAAUUUCUUUGAAUGCCUAUUGUUGCUUAAAUGUUCUUCGCUGACGGUAAAACUAUGCACCAUAACUUGUCAAGUAUGUUAAGCAUUCUGAGAUUACAAUAACUCCUUUGAUUAUCAUGUAAUUGUCUUAAUCCUGGUAAAGGAUCAUUUUUCUAUUUGAUGCAAAUUAGUCAGAUUAGCAUCAUCAUGUUCUGUUGAGCUAAGAAUUCAAAGCAAACAUUGAAUUGAUCAGGUUGAAAGAGCAGGGGCUCUUGGUCUGAAUUUUAUGUGUUACGGUUAUUGGGAAUCUUUAUUUUAAAUCUGGCUUCAACUAAGCUCAGAUAUUGUUAUCGAAUCAAAUGCCACGUACUCUACGUGAUUUGUUACUGCCAACUGUCUGUAAGAGUGCGCAUGCACGGUUUACGAUCAGAAAUUUAUGUUCAGUAUGGCGCUUUGUUUUAAAAAUUUAUGGUCCACCUCGACUAAGUUAAGGGUUCGAUUGACAGUGAUGCAAGAACUGCACUAAAAACAAGAAGACUAAGGAAGUUUGAGGGAGAAAACUGUGUAUUCAGACUCGAAAAAACUUCCAUGGCACAUGUAUGUUCGAAUUAGGGUGAUUGCUGUGGGAAAAGUUCUUACAUGUGUUUUCCUAACGUUACCGUUCUGCUGUGCUUCCCUUCAAUCCUAGGUCACACGUGACGUCAGAAUUUGUUGAGAAGGAAGUAUUGGCGUGUGAUCCAGCUUUGGUUUUUACCUCAUUCUGCCGUCACAUGUGACCUAUUCUGUUUUGCGAUUGAAAUUGAAACGAUUCCCGGAAAUGUUCUCCAAUUACGUUGUGUAGAAUCUCGGGAAAACCACAUGGACUCUUUCAAGAAAAUCUUUCAUCUUCAGAGCUCAUUUUAAACUUGUUAUGAGCAUAUCUUCCCAAGGAAAAGUAAUGUAAUUCGAUAAACGUUGAUACUCUCAAUCAAACGUUUUUUCUAGUUCGAAGUGAAUUUAUACUUUUACUUUUCUUUUAGCAUCUAAUUUCUCCUUAGACCAUCUUCCCUGAAUCAAAGAUCAAUGUCAAGAGAAUAAAGGAAAUGAUCAGCAGUCACAGAAACUCGAUUGUUAAACAAAUUCUCCUUGUCAGCACCUUAAGAAAUGUAUAGAGAACAGAAUGGAGAAUAUGCAUACUGAUGUUAGGGUGUAGAGGGUUAAAGUUUUGAUUGGCUUUGGUAUCGUGAUUUAUGAGUUCUUAUCACUUAGAAACGCAAAGCACAAGCACAGUGCAACUAUCCAAAAACCUUGGGAGGAACUUACAUUUGCAUUUCUUCUCCUCAGAUCUCGUGCAUGAGUACAGUGGAAAACAACUGGUUUCGUUGUGUCAGCUCUAGAGACAGUGACCCAGAGGUGAUCAAAGGGCUCCUGAGGAUAUUCAAGAAUCAAAUACACAUGUUGUUGGAAACUAUUCUCAACCUCGUGGACGGCAAUGUAAGUGUCGAGUCGUGCGCUGCAGAGCCCAUGGCCUCUGAGUAGAGGAAGUGUUGUGUGUCAUAUCUGUCACAAAGUCUGAUGUAAUGAAAAACAACAACUGGUGUAGGAUAUACCAGGUCUAUCAUAAGCAUAAACUCGGCUCGAUGAGUGGAAUUGACUCUUUUAGAGUACUGAAGGUUCUAAGAAUUCGAGGAAUUAAAGUUUUUGCCUUACAUAAAUUGAGCUCUACAAGAGAAGGAGGAAGGAAGGGAAUGAGUGAAAUGAGUAAUUGAGUGAGUGAAUGUAUUGGUCGACUCAUUGAUUGAUUAAACAACUCUAAGUUGAUUGACUGAGUAACUGACCCAUUGAUAAUUUAAUAUUGUGGUUAAAAAAUGUCAUCUACUUCGCCCACAGGGAAAUAAUGCAUUGCAUUAUGCUGUGUCAUUUAGAAACUGGAAAUUAGUGGACGUGUUACUGGACACGGGACUCAUGAACCUGAACGUACCAAAUAAGGUAUUGUUAUUCUCCAGAAUUUCUCAUCUUCCCAAAAGUUUGGUGUGUAGUUAAAGCAGUUCUCUCUCGAUAUAACGCUCCCGAUUUUGCGCUCAGUAAACUGUCUGUCUGGGAAAACCAAAAAAUUAUCAGUGAACUUGGCUUGGUUUCAAGUUAUUACUGAAAUGAUAAUGAGUAUAUAAGGAACGAAGGCCGGUUAUGUCCACAAUUCCUAAGAGGGAGGGGACGGGGAGAGAGGAGGGAGGGGGUGAGUGUGAAAUUGUGCUGUCUUAGCCAAUUGAGUCAACCAUUUCGUUAUAGAGCGUUAGGUGCUAAGUGCCAAGCAGGAAGAAGUUUUCCCUUACACUGAAUAAGCUUCUGUUAUUCUGUUGUCUGGCGAAAGUAUAGAAAUUGUAUGAAAGGCAGCAUAAUUAAUUUACUGAAUGAUUACCAGGCUGGGUACACUCCGAUUAUGAUGGCUGCUUUGGCAGGAGUCGUGAAAGAAGACGACAAAGACAUCGCCAGGAAAUUGUUUCAAACAGGAGACGUCAACAAGCAAGUCGAGGAAGUAAGUUCACUUACACGUCUGUUUUCUCUCCGUUCCACGUCCGCAGUGAUGGCGCCAUGUCUUGGUUUGGUGAAAAUAACGCAUUCAGUACACGUUCUAUCGGAGAGCACAUUUUAUAUCGACGUGGGUGGUUCUCUUUUUAUAUGACACCAUUUCGAGAUUUCCCUCCAGGGUGACAUCCUCUUUCUGAUAUAACAAGCAACCCGUGUGAACUUGCGCAAGCACGAAUCGUUCCCGUUUUUACGUUUGUAGGGGCGAACUCAAAUUCUAGGAGGAACUCGCAUUUAACUCGCAUAUACUCGAAAGUCACCUCUUGACCAUUCUUAUAAUUAUUUUUGUCCCAGGGUUCAAUCUUUAACUAAAAUUCGUAAGCUUCAUGUAUGCAAAGAUACACGCCUAUUUUUACAGUUUUCCUGAAUGUUACUCAUAAUUUUUCUUUUGAAUAAUCAGACAGGACAAAGUCCACUUAUGUUGGCUGUCAGUCGAGGGAGAAUGGAAAUGGUCGAGCUCACUCUAGAAGCUGGAGCCGAUAUCAAUGCAACAGAUGAGGUUAAAAACUUUAUUUUCAUUUUAGAGGGAUUAGUCCAAAUAUCUCAGGCUUCAAUUUUAAGUCAUGAUUUCAGUCAAUAUGUGCUGUUUUACAGGAUAGCGAACACAGUUUUGGUUUAUCAUUUCGUCUUUUCAUGAACAACAUUUCCGUCGUCCUUUCAUAUUACUAGGAUGGCUCUACAGCUCUUAUGUGUGCGUGUGAACACGGUCAUCUCAAUAUCGCCAAGCGACUGCUCUUGGAGCCUCAUUGUGAUGCAUCACUAGAAGACCAUGUGAGUGGACUUUGUUUAAAGUAUGACAGUUAUAGCUGAUUUUUACAACAAGGGUGUCUAUUAAUUUUCGUUCAUUUUUUCCCCUCUGUGUUCCCUUUCUUGCAAAAGCUCUCCGCCUUUGAAUGUCAUCUUCAACUUGUCUAGCGGAAAGUUACUAUUCCUGUUUCGUAAACAUAAAAAAGAUGCCAGUCCAUCGAUCAGGUAUACCCACCCCUUCCCCCUCCUUCAACUUUUCGUCAAGUACUCAUGUUAGUGCGCCGGUUGUCAUUUGCAUUCCUGGUUACGCAGAAGUACCGGAAGAAUUAAGUGUCUUGCCCAUUACAGCUUGAAAAAGUAAAGUGAGAUAGUUGUAUAUUCUGAAAAGGUAUAUAAAUUGAUGAAAGUUCACUCGGGAAAAAAAUGUGAUUUAAUUUUUUUGCUCUUUUAGGAAGGAAGCACUGCUUUGUCUAUUGCCAUGCAAAGGAACUUCAAAGACUUGGCUUUGCUUAUAUACGGAAAUGUUAGCUUUGAUCCAAUUGGGAAACCUCGAAAGGUAGGCCGAUGUUAAACGCUAAAUAAAACUAAAAUAAACGUCUUCUUCCAGUGAUCCGUGAUAUGAAUUCCUCUUUUUUAUCUUUAGUAUGUCUAAAUCUGACUAGAGCUGUAAAUUUUGACGUUCUUUCGUUGAUUUGAAGCCACUUCAACAGCCUCACUAUACAGCUGAUUUAUUUCAUUUUAUUUUUCUUUUACAGAAAAUCGGUGGCUUGCCGUGUAAAGCUUCUUGACGUACAAGCAAAGAUUUCGGCAAUCAUCAUUAGCUGUUUGAUGGUGCUAUGGCGUUUUAGACGCUUACUGGUCAAUAACGUUUGAGUAGUAGGUCUCUGUGGUAUCAGUAAGAGUCGAUUUUUAAAAACCGUUAUAGUUGGGAGUACAUGCCUCUUUGUGUGCCUCAUUUUUUGGUGUUUGGCCAUAUUAUCAGUCUUUUUGAUCGACACUUCUUGGUCUCAGUUGUAGUAGUUUUGUGCAAAACAACUUUUUUCAGGAAGAAGUAAACUGGUUUAAAAAGAAGAAAGAAAAGUAGAAUUAGACGAGACUUUUUCCACCUUUUACACACUGUCCUCCUUACAUUUCCUCUGGUACCGAUAAGGAGAAUUUGUUUCACAAUUAGGAGCUUCCUAAAUUGGUGAUCAUUUCCUUUGUUCUCAUGACCUUUACAUUUGAUUCAAGGUUGAUACUGUAAGGAGAAAUUAUAAACCAGUUUUUCUUUGGGCUUCAAGGGUCAAUGGGGUUCUAACUUUAUCAGUUUUCGAAUCUAGAAUUUUAAGAUACCUUUGAAAAGCUGAUUUAUCCAGCGUUUAUAAAGGAACUCUAUUUAGAGGCUCAGUUACUUAUUUUUCUUUGGUAAAGCAAGGGUGUCUGGACGCUGCUAGGGGGCAGAGGAUUUCAAUUAGUGAAGGGAGACUAAAAACAUGAGUAAGAAAAGAUUGUAAAUAGAGUAUGAGUUUUCUCCCAGUAAAAGAACCAAAUAAAUUCACAUGUAGAUUAUCCUAACGUAUAGAACCUCUAACUUAGCUUAGCUGAUGAAGGGGGUAAGUUUCUAAACAAAGUGUGGUGCUGAGUCGGUGGGAGAGUAUAAAAAGGUAUUUCAGUAUUAUCAACUGAGCUGAUAACGGAAAUUGGCCACCGUAAAGUGUUUCAAAGCUGACGUUUCGAGCGUUAGCCUUUCCUCAGAGCGAAUCUGACGACUCUGGAAUAUUAACGAAGAUUCACGAAUAUGUUCUGAAUAAGUUCUUACUAAUAUUUUUAAACCUCGUAGAAUUUAGGAAAGGUCUUCCUUAAUUGGAAGAAGGGAGGCUUGUCUGGCUAAGGCCUGAAGGUGGUUUUACGAUUUUGAUAAUGAACAUGAAAAAAUUACGUACCUCUGAUUGGCUGAAAACGAGUGCAUUCUAAUGUAAUACGAAAGCAAAGUUGAAGCACGAGUGCAAAUUAGAAAUUACGUGCACGCUUUCAAAAUUUCGUCUGUCUUGACUUUCUGUGAUGUUUUUUCAUGUACAUUACUUACAAGUAUACGUAAUAACAUUAUUUCUCUUGCAAUUUGGUGUAAUACGCACUUGUAAAUUUUACAAAGACCACGAAUUAAAAAUGCACUCUUACUUAUUAACACCAAAUUGCACUCGAAAUCGUGCUAUUGCCUAUAUCUAUAAUAUGUAUAUAUAUAUAUAUAUAUAAACAUUUUCAAGGUGG